CCAAUUAAAUACAUACAUACAAUCGAAAUGGCCAACAUACCCGCAUGGCAGUCUUGCUUGUGGGCCACUUAUGCUCGCCCGAAUACGCUGGUAAGCAUUGGCAUGGAAGCGUUGGCUAUGUUGCAUGAUCAUACUAUACAUUUUACGGAUUUGAAAACUCAACAUAAACUUUAUUAUAACGUCGAUAAUCCGAUUGUUGGAUUGGGUGCACGAAAUCUUGCCGGACACUUUUCGCUGCCAAUGUUUGCCUACUCAGAGACUGUUAUACGGCCAAAUAUACACAUCGUUCGCUAUCCGGAUAUGCAUAAGCUGUUUGUAUUGCAGAGUAAUAAUGUCGUCAGCUAUGUGGACUUGCUAUUCUCCAAUCAUGAUUUACUCAUCGCUCUAAGCGGUUUUCCUGAUUACUCAUUUCGCAUAUGGAACUGCCGUACAGGCAAUCUCUUAGUUGAAGUACAAACAGGCAUGAAAUGCUCACCUUACUCCUUGCAAUGCUCCAGCCGCACUUGGCCCAUGAUUAUGCAAUACUCAAAGUUUGUGAAAGAAAUCGUCUUCUGGGAGAUACAUUACACUGCAGAGGCGACAAAAUUGCAUGAAAUAUCGCGCGUGCAAUUACAAAAGGGCCACUCGCUGAGCACACAAUUCGCCAUGUGUUUCCUGGACGAUGUAAUGUAUGUGGUCAACGAUUACGGUGUGGUAUUCAGUGUAGAAGUUGCGCAAUUCUACUUGCUACGCCAGUGGGGCACUUCUUUCACGCAGAGCCAACCGCAAGCGUACAACUUAUAUCCGCACAAGCAUGUCAUGGUGGUCAAUCGGGAAUCCGUCACGUUCAUAACACGCAAGCAUCUGUGGACCGUUGAGUGGGUGAUGCAGGAAAUGAGUGUGUCCGUUAAGAAGAUGGCGUCGAAUUUCGCCGGAGAAGCCUUUGUUGCCAAUGAUGUAGGCACAUUGUAUCAAUUGCAAGUUGAUCAAUAUGUUGGCAAACUAAACGAAUUCUCGGUAUCGAAUUAUACCGUGGAAGAGUUUUCCCACUUGCAGGGUUUGAAGGAGGAGAAUUUGCUUAUACUGACACGUGACGGCAUGGUGUUCGUCGUCGAGCCAGCACGCAACACUAAAUACGCAGAGUUGCAUGUACCGCAGGGCUGCUGUAUUGGCGCGCACAACUCUAUGCCGUAUGCCGCUGUAGGCACCGCAGAUGGCAAGUUGUACUUUCUAUGUUUCGAGAAGAUACGCGCACCCACUAUUAUGCACAUAUGGAGGUGGAGAAGAGCGUAUAACCGGAUAAGUUUGAUGAAUCAAUCGGGGCUGAUUAAGAAUGCACAUAACGCCUACAAGGAACUAUUGGUGGAUUUCAAGGGUGAACGUUUUAUACUACUCACCCCCCUAUUGAGUCGUCCAGAUGUACGGUUGCUCAAUUUCUAUUUGAUCGAAACUGAUUUUGCCAUAUCGUUUUUAACUGACGAGGAUGGCAACAAAGCUAUUAUUCCGUAUGCGGAUGAAAUGUGGGUCUCUACGUGCAGUCAGGCUGAACGCCUUGUAAUGCGCAAAAUAUUUAAGUUGCCGAAGAAAUAUCGUGCCAUUACACUAAUGCAAGUUGCCAACAGAGACAAUGUGGAAUUUAUCGGAUUGCCAAUGGAUAGUUUAGAUUUGGAUUUAUAUGCUAUAAAGAAUGGCGAGCAAAUUUUCUUAAUGCGCACUUUGCGCACAACACAUAUGGACCAUAUUUCGGGUGUGACAGGUUCACGUAAUGUCAUUUCCUACGGCAUCAGUACGCUGAUGAUACACUUUCGCUUGCAUAAGCGUUCAGCGAAAUCAUUUACAGUAUGCCGGAAAUUGUAUGCGAGUUAUGCGCAACGAUUGAUACGACAUGUGCAGGAGAUCUACAAUAGCAAAUAUUUGGUAGUUCUACUUGAAUCGGGUUGUUUAAAGGUUUCCCGCCUGCUCUCGCUAAGCGAUAAUCUACGAGAAAACGUCGAUAUACUUGACGAACCAAUUCAGUUGGAAUUAGUGGAAAUGCAGGCUACACCUAACUUUGCGUCGAUUGCGAAGAAAUCGAUUUCGGGACAGAGUCUUGAACUGCGCGCUGCUAUUGACGCGCGCCUAGCUGAGUUGGAGAACGAAGUGCGUGCGCUCAUCGAUUACGACAUUGCAGUGACGGGCAAAACACAAGGAAUAUAUCGUAAAUUUUGUCUAAACUACAGUUGGUUGAAUCAAUUGAAUGCAGAGGCGCGUAAAGUAUGCGACAUCGAGCGUCAGUCGCUGAUGGAGAGUAUUGCGGAUAAGAGUCGCAUACGCGAUUGGAUACUGAAUUUGAUAACAGCUAAUACGGCUAAGAUAGGCAUUAAGCUGCGUGCCAUAUUUUCCGACAAUGCGUUUGAGAAUUAUUCGCUAAGCAAGGCAGUGAAUGAAUUGGCUGCGCUUUUUGAUUUGUAUCGCUUUCAAGAUUUCGGAGCGAUUGAAGAGGAUGAUGUGACCGAAGAAAAUGCGCCGCAAAAAGAUGGCGUGGAUGAUGAAGAAGCUAGUGAUGUUGAUGAUAGUAAUGCAGCGAAGAAAAAGCGUAAGCUAUAUCAAUUUGUGGGAAGUGUGUAUGAGCAUAUAAUGGCCGAGGACUUUCAAAUGCAAGACAUACAUUUGGUCACGGCAAAUCAAAUGUACAACGAGGAUAUUAAAUUUAAGGUUCUCUUAGAUGGCCCUUUGCGCGAGGAGUUCAAUAAAAUAUUUGAUCAAGUACAACAAUACAAGCAAGAAAUUAUGAGUAAUAUAAUAGGUACAAAUGCAUCCUUGAAUCAUAUCUACGAAGACAUGAACAUUAUACUGAGCCUGCUGGGAUUACAAACUUUUACACCGGAGAAACUUUCAGUACCGACGCUGAUGAACGAUGAAGUGUUGGAGCGCAUUAUGACC